UCGGCAAUGCUCGGAACCUUAUGCGACUCACUGGCCUGAUCAGUAGACUCCGGGGAGAUGAGAAGCCAGCAGGUCUCCCCGCGGGAGGAAGCUCGCUGCCGAAUGACUGCCGAGCGCUGUCUCGCAAAGCAUGAGGCCAAAGUGGACUGAUCAUCAAUCUAGCGCCGCACAUCGUUGAGGUAGCAGCACUACGGAGUACGCAGAUUGCUCCUGGAGACAUUCAUGCCAGUGAGGAAGCUGAGGCCAGAUGGGUCGUUGGAAUUGGCUGAAUGGAGAAAGAAUGUGGGGUGUGGGGUUAACAACUCCCCGUGACUCGCACUUGCACUCAAUCUCGGCGGACGUCCGUCGACUCUGGGGAAGGGCUAAUAUUCAGUGUACCAGUCAUCAACACCGAGCGGAAAAUCCUGCUCUGAUGACGGGCGGUUGCAAGCAGCCACAAGCAAGCUCAAGCCAGAGCACUAUGCGAUCUAGACUAACUUUAGUGAACUUGGUCGCGCCGCCGCGGUGCCCAAAAGAGCGACUGCAUCAACCAGGGAUGGUGGCAUGGUGCCCUUUUGGCAGCAACGCGCCGAUAAGGACUUUGGAAGUACUGAUAUUAGCACUCAAUGCACAGCAGCAUUUUACUUGUACGUACCACCGCAUGACGGGUCCCCUUAUCGCUGUUCCGUCCCAAGCAGCCAUCCCCAGUCACGACUCGCAAAGCUCCUCUUCAUGCCCCGUGCUAUCAUCAUCGGCCCACCCGCCGGAUUCCUCAAUACAGACAUCCCGAGGCCUCCGGAUGACGAUAAAGACAGGCAAAUUCCUACUCAGGAAAACCCCGCCGCUGUCGUUGACAGAGAUUUUCACGGCCCAGGACAAGGAUCCUUCCCAUUGGAGGCUGGGGGAGGGGGGUGUGCCCGUGGGAUUUUCUUUGCUUUGUGGGGAAGGGGCGCCCCUGCCCUGGGGUCGUCGAUAACGCUUGCCCUUUCCUUCUUGAGCCUGGAGGAGGAGCGAUGAAGUCAUCCCGCGAAAGCUUGGCUUCCCCAAGUCUUGCGUGAUCAUCAUCACCUGCCUGCGCAUCGAAGUUUCAGGGCUGUCUGGGCCGAGUGGCCUCCCAGUUACAGCACACAACGGGGCAAAAAAGUUUGACAGCCGUCUCCGUCCACGUCCUUUACGCGCGCCUACCACAGACACGAGACGCGGCCGUCAGUCAAACACGGCUGGGCGUGACAAGAUUGCCUGCACUGCCGUCAAUGGAUGGCUGCUGACCCGCUGCAAGGAGCCCGUAUUUGC